AAAUUCUUCAUUAUAGAACUUGUCUUAAAUUUAUGCAUGCAUAAUGUAUUUCAGGGCAAGUGUAGUGUUGGUGAUCAUCUUGUUUGUAUCUCAAAUAUGCAUCAGUAAAAGUUCACUUACUACAAUGGAGAAUUCAGAUGGAAGCUGUUACUGUCGCACUGAGCUGACCCUCAACAACCCACCUUGCAUAUGCACUGGGAUGGUAGAGGCGGUAAAAGAAAUCGUUGGACUAAAAUCUGACAUACAAAAACUCCACGACAAAUGCUCGACAGUGAACACAAAUAUCAAACGUCCAUACAACAUGCCUUCUCUGAUCCUCGAUGGUACUCGCUGGACCAGGUUUUGGUGGUACACUCCUAUCAGUGGGUGGCCUGACACCGAAAUAGAUGUCCUUGGAGUGCCCUAUGGAGCUUGUGAUGUAAAUGCUAGCUACUGCUUUGGCCGCUUGCCCGGUGCACUGGACGAAGCAGAUACUGAACUACUUGCAUUUGAUUCAGCGGGUACAAUAUAUAGGUGGCAAUUUGAUCCCAGGAAUCCUACAGCUCAUGCAGCAUGGAAUGCUUUCUAUCACCAUCGGGAUCAAAAAGUAGUAAACAGUCAAACAUGGAACCCUCUAGUGAUAGCAGGACCACAACCGAAUGCAGCCCAAGACAGCUUUAUGUACAGAGUUCAGAAUGGCGUGCGUUCUCUUUUGUUGGAUGAUGACAACUGUGACUGUUACAGUUCUCUGAGUAUGGGUCACGGGAUGUGUCUUACGACCUUUUCUACAAGCUAUGGAAGUUCUGGUCGUUUUGGAGUUGAUCUUCUGUACGAUUCUCGCUGUAACACUCCAGAUCCCAAGCACGGUCUCAGUCUCUACUUUAGAGAUGAUGAUGACUGUGUGAGUGAUCCUUGUCCAAAAGAUCAAGAGUGUCUGGAUCAAGUCAACACCUACAUCUGUGCUUGAAAAGUCUCGAGCAUUGCAUGCAUGUGACAGCAAGUAAUUGUUACGAACAUUAUGUCCUAUGAAUGAACUCUUGAUGAGAUCAUGAGCUAUAUAUACACAUGCCGCUAUAAACCCUUUCCUCUAUCUAGAUCUAUAUACGUCCAUAAUUGCCUUGUUCUGUCAAGAUGAGGGUGGGCUGUAAAAUUAGUUGCAGAAUGAGUUCAAAUUUACGGAUGUCUAUUCAGUGAGUGCUGCAUGCAUUGGAUAUUACUGACUGUGAGAUAACAGGAGAUUUGCCUAAGUAACAUAGAUCUACUAUAGAUACUAGCAAGAAAAGAUGGAAUCUACCAUGACCAUUAUAGUUCUUAAAUACCUCAUGCAGGAAGUGGUUUGUGAUACUCAUAGUUCUACAUAUAUAGAAGUGCAUGGUCACAUGUGCAUGUGAAACCACAGCUUUCAGCUUGUUGAGGUCUGAUUGUAUGUUUAUUCAAUGGCAAGCCAGGGAGAUUGUAAAAUUCUAUUCCAAGAGUGUCCGAAAAGGGAUGAUGAUGAAGAUAAACAGAGCAUUGGAAGUGACUCUAAAGAAAGAUACCCAAAGCUCAAAGAGCGACCAACUGCAGACGACAAAAGUGAAUCCAGAAGAAAAAAAAGGAUUUUUCUCGCCAUAAAAAUUGUUUUUGGAUUCUUCUUCUUUGUUCUGGUUUUGGCAUUCACAAUUUUUAGCAAGCUAACUCUUGUUAGUUUGACAGAUAAAUUGAGACAGGCUACUCGUAACAGUUCCCAGUUAAACUCUAACAAUGAAGAAGACAUUCUACCCUUAGACACAGUGGAGGAUAUAGCCAUCAGCAUCUACUGGCAAUUGCUUCUAGUAAUGACCAUUCCAACUUUCAUAACACUUUUGCGAUCAUUUUUUCUUGGAGUGCUUGGAAAGUCUGCCGAAAACUUCCCGUGGCCAAAACUCAAGUCCUUUAUUGCCGGUAUCAUUGCUUCAGUGAUUGAAGUUGGAGCGAUCAGUGUGUUUGUGUUUCUGGUAAUGGCAGAACUUCCUCCUGAUAUUUCCCUACUUUUACUGGGUGGCGUCUUCUUCUGUCAGAUUUUAGUCGAUAUUCGGUAUGUGGAUACUUGUUCCUGUACAUAUAGGAAGCCCGAAUGUGUCCAACGGUCAUGUAGAAGAGGAGGCUACAUUCCGCUGGAUAAAGAACAUGGUGUUGACGAUUUUCCUGUGAAUGCUGAUCUCUUAAAAAGGAAGGACAGAAAACCUACCGUUAUCUAUCAUUGCCUUAAGAUGCUUCUCGACAAUAAGAUUGUGAAGACAGCUGCUCUACUUCUGCAGUUAGCGAGUAUGGCUGUGUUUAUUUGGCUUACAUUCAAUCAUUAUCUGAAUGUGGGCAGCCAUUUGUACGAGCUAAGAACAAUCGUAGCUAUCCCAAUUUGUCUUUUGAUUUUAUCUUUCGUAUGGACGAACAAGUUUCAAGACUGGAUUGCGCUGAUCUAUGCAAAAAAUAAUUCUGAGGAGGUAAAAACAACAAGAUAUAAAUCAAGCUUCAUCAACUCGUUUGUCCGUCUGCUAUUGUAUCCCUUUGUGACGUACACUGUGUUCAGGCUUACUCAUCAGAUAGAUCCCCUUUGUCUGAAUAGCUCUUGUGUCUCCGGUGCGGUUCACUUCAGUGGUCAAACAUUAUCAAUUUUUAUCAUUCAGAUUUUCACCACUCUCUUCGCUUACAUUUUUGCUUGGGUGGCAUGUACAAUGACUCUUGGACCAUAUAGUAUGGCAUUUCCCUUGCUUGUUUCCACUCCUAUAUCAGUCAUUGCUUAUUAUAUUAUCAAAUACUUCUCGUUUCCUUUGUUUCUACACUUCAGUGCAGAUGCAGCUGUGUAUCCAUGGGGACCUACUGCUCUUUUUUUUCUGUGGGUAGGCCAAGUGUUAGGAAUUGGGUUUUAUAUAUGUACAAAAAGAAAUGUCAUUCUUUCAAUAGACUCGAAUAUGUUUUUGGUUCCUUACUAUGACGGCAUUUUUCUGGAGCAGCAAAUGAUAUUGAACAGACAAAUCAAAAAGCAUGCCCGAAAACAAAACACCCAGAGAGAAAAUGAGGUGCCUAGAAAACCAAGAACUAUAUUUAUUUGUACGACAAUGUACCGAGAAGAUUUUAACGAGAUGAAGCAAGUAUUAACAUCAAUCAAUGGCAUAGCAAAACAAUAUGAAAGAGAAAAGACAAAGCAGUUACCUAAUUGUGACUCCUACGAGUCGCACAUCUUCUUUGAUGGCGCUCUGAACGGAACUCAGUUGCUGCAAUUUGGUCUUCAAUUGCUAGCUCUCCUCGAAGAUACAUUUGGGAAGAAACCAGACGAAGGGAUUAAGAAAAAAACACCCUACGGAAUGUGCCUUCGGUACCAGCUAAAUGAUGUAGAACACAUGCCUUUUCACAUUCACUUCAAAGAUAAGAAUCUGGUUAAGCCAAAGAAGAGGUGGAGCCAAGUCAUGUACAUGAACUACAUCAUCAAACAUCGGAUUGGCGAGUGUGAUCAACUUAACGCUGGUCAAAAAAUGACGCUUGAAAACACUUUCAUACUUACAACAGACGCCGAUGUCGAUUUUACUCCGAAGUCAGCUGUUCUUCUAUUGGACAUGCUCGACUCUAAUCAUCGUGUUGGAGCGGUAUGUGCCCGUACACACCCUAAGGGCUCGGGGCCUCUGUAUUGGUACCAAAUAUUCGAUUAUGCAAUAGGGCAUUGGUUCCAAAAACCGGCCGAGCAUUUGCUAGGAUGUGUCCUCUGCUCUCCUGGCUGCUUUAGCGUAUUUCGUUGCAGUGCUCUACAGGGGGUUCUUGAAACGUACUCUACCGUGGCGACCAAUGGGAUGGAGUUUCUAAUGAAGGAUAUGGGUGAAGAUCGAUGGCUGUGUACACUUCUUAUUGAGAAAGGCUGGCGACUCGAAUAUUGUGCUACCUCCGAAAGCAAAACCUAUUGCCCGCAAACAUUUGAGCAAUUUUAUGCCCAGCGUAGAAGGUGGAUUCCAUCCACUCUUGCCAACCUAAGCUUGUUGUUCACUAAUCUGUUUACCAUAAUCCGUGCUAAUGACACCGUGUCUUUUUUGUUCAUUCUGUUUCAAGCUAUUAUGGUGUUCUCCACGGCUAUAUCCCCCGCCACGGUGAUAUUGGUGAUUGCCUCAGGCCUUCAGUCAGCGUUCUCUAUUUCUGAUGUUGUGGUUUCUCUUGUCAUUUUUGUUCUUGUGAUUGUGAGCCUGUUAUAUGGAGUGGUUUGCCUUUACUCUUCUCCCAAGACGCAAAUAGAAGUGGCAAAGAUUCUGACUUUUUUGUUUGUGAUGGUGAUGGUGAUUGUUAUUUCGGGAAUUUUUAGUCACAUUGUCAAUGCCAUCUUUCAUCAUCCAGACCUAACUGAACUGAACGCUCCAAAUUGUUCUCAGGUCGUAGAUCUAAAGGCUUAUACAAAAUGCGAAGAAGCUGUAAAUUUCUUGGAAACUAUGUCUUUCGGUCAUCAAUUUAAGCUCCCAGUUAGCAUAAGUACCAUGUACUUUGGCCUAUUUGCAUUUACGUUCCUCACAGCUGCCCUCUUGCAUCCUACCGAGUUUGCCUGUCUUUUCCACUGUAUUUGGUAUAUCUUGGCCUUGCCCUCGGGCUAUUUGCUGUUGCUGAUCUACUCGGCUGCUAAUCUGGACUCUCAAAGCUGGGGCACUCGGGAAGGCAGCAGUGGAAUUGACAAAGGAUUGCUCGGAUGGGGAAAGUACUUUAAAAUGGCGUGGUUUUGGUGUUGCGUUCAGAGUAGGUGCUGUCGGUCAGAUGCCCCUGCCCAAGUACCCCGAGAGGAGAUAGACCUCUUAAGCUCUAGUGAUUCCGAAGACGAUCCUAUGCUAGUGGCUUGUGCUGCUAUGGAAGACACUGCACAACAGUGGCUCAGUGGGGAAGAAUGCGAAUGUGAUGAGGACUACAUCAAGAAAUUUGAAGAGCAUGGCUACACCACACUACACUACAUUGCAACAAUGACGCUUGAGGAUUUGGAAGCAAUAGGAAUUGAAAAGCGUGGGUACAGACUUCGUAUUCUCAAAGCUGCUGCAAAGCUUCCAUCGUUUUCUAUUCACGUGGAUGUGCCUAGAGAUGUGGCUUCUUGGUUGACAAAGUUAAACAUGGAGGAACACAUUGAUUUGUUUAAGAAAGAAGGAUACAGUAAGAAUGCCGAUGUAGAGAAUUUGAAAGGGUUGACGGAAGUUGACUUGAUAGCAAUGGGAAUCACCAAAAGAGCACACUUACAACGGCUGGUGAAGGCACUACAUUUCCUGGUUUACCCAAACAAAAUCGAACAGAAGAUGGCCAAAACGAAAGCGGAUAUAGAAAUGAAACCUACUAGCGAACUGGAUAGCCAAGAAGAGAAUUUUUGGAAGAAUCUUGUUGCUGAUCAACUCAAACCAACUUCUGAGCAGCUCACAUCUGUGAAAGAUCUCAAGAGGUCACUUCGUAAUCUCCGAAAUGCCACUCUAAUCGGUCUCUUCUUAAUCAAUAUGAUGUGGCUUUUGGUGUUGUACAUUGUUAAAUUCCCACUCCUCGCCGAUUAUGGCUUAGAUACGCAAGCUUUUCAAUUGCUUUUCUUAGUGGUAUAUGGCUUCAUCAUAGUUGUUCAGUUUGCAGCUAUGGUCUUCCACAGGGGAAUAACGCUUGUGCAUAGAUUUGGACGAAUAACUCCCAAAGAACUCAGUGGUUUGACUGGUGACACCGAUUUUGUAAUUGUAGAACAUGAGACACUAAUUAAUUGAUCUGCUUUUCACAUUGUAUAUGUACUGUAGUCUAUGUGUGCAAACAUUCAAUUAAAACUAAAUGGCCUCAAAGCCACAUCACUUGUGUGCAAAUUGCUGAUGAAUAUCAUUAUAUAAUAAUUAUUGUGCCAACAGAA